GUUACAUUCAGCACCAUGUUGGCUGCAGGGGCCCUGCUCAUAAGCCUGAGUGUACUUAUUGUUCAUGGACAUGACCCGACUCUGGACUACAUGUACAUAGAUUAUGCAGACUACACCACAGGUGCCCCGGACAUUGUUGUUGAUGAAAAUGACUGGUUGUUUGACCUCCUGGAGCUAUCCAAUGUUUGUGACCCAAACCCUUGCUACAAUGGUGGCUCAUGCUCAACUAAAUCAGAUACAGAAUUUGAAUGCUCAUGUCCUCCACCUUACAGAGGCAAGAGGUGUCAAAAAGUCAGAAACAUUUGUGAAAAUGUCAAAUGUGGUCAAGGUGACUGUGUCAUCAACCUAAAUAAAUCCCCAUAUUACGAGUGCAAGUGCAAACCUCCAUUCCAAGGCCCAGACUGCAAGUCAUUGCCAGCUUCUCCCUGUGAACCCAAUCCUUGCCAGAAUGGAGGUUCUUGCGUUAAAGGGAACCGUCGUUUCCGCUGUGUUUGUCCUGAUGGAUAUACCGGGAUAUUCUGUAAAACUGCUACUAGUGACUGUUAUGUAGAAAAUGGAGAGACAUACAGGGGUGAUGUCAGUACAACAGAACAAGGGGUGGAGUGUCUGGACUGGCAUUCCAAUUUCAUCAUGUUACAUGGGGAGGAUCCUUUCAACAUGUACUCAGACUUCACUGGACUGGAAUAUAACAACCACUGCAGGAACCCAGACGGAGAUGACAAGCCUUGGUGUUUUAUUAAAAAGCAAAACCAACUGGAGUGGGGUUACUGCAAAGUGAAGAAAUGUUCUGAAGUUCCAGCAACUCCACCUACACCAGUCAAACCGCAGCCAGAGCCUUCCCAGUUCUCCCAGUGCGGAAUAUCACAGCCUUCUCGCACUAGCAGGAUUUUUGGGGGCAGCAAGUCCUUCCCGGGUGCCCACCCCUGGCAGGUGUCGGUGCAGACCAGACCCAUAGGCACAUCCUAUGAGUUUAGGCACAUGUGUGGUGGGAUCCUGCUCACAUCCUGCUGGGUCCUCACUGCUGCCCACUGUGUUGAACCCACUGAUGAAUUUCAAGUGGUGUUGGGAGGAGUGAAUAUAGAGAAAGAGGAGGGGAUGGACCAGACCAUUCCAGUGAUACAAACAAUUGUUCAUGAGAACUACAGGGAUACUCCUAGAGCACUUUACAACGACAUUGCUCUGCUUAAACUCAAAGUGACGGACAGUCCUUACUGUGCCAACGAAACUCGCUUUGUGAAGACAGUGUGUCUACCAGACCAACCCUUCCCAGCUGGAAAGCUGUGUGUUAUCUCGGGAUGGGGGGCAACUGAAAAAAAGCCGUACAGCAGCCAGCUGUUGAAUGCUCGUGUGUUGCUGAUAUCUGAAGAGCGAUGCAAAGCUCCUCACGUCUAUGGAAACCUACUGGACAACAGCAUGCUCUGUGCAGGAACUAUGAAUGGGGGCAUCGACUCCUGUCAGGGUGACUCAGGUGGCCCGUUGGUGUGUGAGCAAAACGGCACACACUACAUCACUGGUGUGGUGAGCUGGGGUCAUGGCUGUGGUGUGAAGAACAAGCCUGGUGUCUACGCCAACGUCCAAACAUUCCUCAACUGGAUCAAGAGCAAGAUCAACUGAACAUUAGUCGACUGAUCUGCAUUACUGAUACACUGGCCUGAGAAAUCCUUCUGACUUUGGAAAGACAAAGAGAUGACAGCUUAGUUUGCCUUGAAAAAAAGUCAAACUGUUUAUUUUUUUUUAUCAGCGAUAAAACCAAGCAUUUACUCUGAGUCCAGCUUUGAGUUAAAAGAGGCACUGUUACAAACUCACAAAGCUGAACCUGCCAGACAAAAUGUAGAUCACACAUCAUUUCAGUGGGCCUGUACUUAAUUCUCACUGAGCCUAGCUCAAAGUGAACCACAUUAUCAGACCUCGUACGAAAAUGUUUUUGCAUGGCUGCGACAAGGUUUUGUCGGCACCUCCAUGUGUUCUUCUCUAAAGAUAAAAAAGAAAAUUAUGAAAAAAUAUUCUGAAGUGCUGGCCAUAUAUAUGCUCCGUAUCUUCUGAACAGACCAAUAUACAAAAGUAAUUGCAAACUUUCCUUCCAGCAUUUCAUCCAGUAUCUAAAACAAUCUGAAUUAAUUCUUGAUGUUUUUGCUUGAAAUUAACAUUUUCAUGAUCUCCUGGGCUGUAUAACCCAGCCUGAAGCUUUGAUAAACAGUAAAAAACACUUGCAUUGAA